UCUCGCUCCGAGCAGCAUAAGCCAUUCCUUCACUUGCGUUCACUUGCCUCCAAGGCCUUUGUGUGUCUGUGCUGCAGUAGACUCCGCGUUAUGCGCAGUAGAACUCGGAUGUACACAGACUUACAGCAGUUGCAGUACCUGAAUAUAAACUGCAGUGGUUUUUGUUUAUGAAAUGAAGUUAGAGAUUUCUGUUUAUUGUGCUCGGUCUACAGCAGGAGACUAUAGAAAGCAUCCACCCUUCGCCCGAGUUCUUCAUAGACUAACAGAUGCUACUGUCUCACUGAGCGAAUCCAGCCCAGUCGAUCGAGUCCACAGCAAAGGUAGGCCGCUACAUAUUGCAUGCGCCGUGUCGAGUCGAAUGGAGCUGGGUCUCUCUGCCUUUGCUUGCGGCAACGUAGUCACCGAGCCUUGAUCCGAUCUGUGUCAUCUGCACAGCAGUGCCUACAGAAGUAGCUUUCUAUAAGCCUAUAAGGAAAAAAAAAGUUACACAAUGAGAGACUUGCUGAAUAACAAGAUUAGGAAGAUCCCCAAGUAUUGCCGUCGUUUACUGGAACCAGUGAAGAGGAUAUGGGUCGUGGCGUUGGUGUCCAAAACGAGUAUUCUUGCAAGGUUGGUAGUCUCUGGUGUGCUGGCUUCUUAUGGCGUGCUCUUAGUAAGCCUGGUUGAAGAAACAGAGGUGUCACUCCGAGAAGCCCUAUGGACACCAGUUACCUACGUUGUGACGUGUUGCUUGGCAAACCCACUAUGCAAGAGACUGUCAGACAAGAAAAGGGGUCAAGGCUCCCGACUGCUUGCCAGCACUGGCAUCUUGGUGGCUGCAGGAGGGAUCGCCACCACAACACUUCUCCAUACGUCGCGUCUGCAGAUCCUAAGCUAUGGCUUUCUAGGAGGUCUGGGCACGAGUUUGGUUCUAACACAAGUUGAGAUCAUCCUCCACUGUCACUAUCCCUGGCGCAGUGCUGGACCGCCACUAGUUAUACCCCAGCUGGGCAGUGCCCUGGCUCACUUUUCAAUGCCACUGCUGUUGCUAGCCUUCAUGUCGUUGUAUGGAUCACGACAGGCGCAUUUACUGCAGGCUGGUCUAGUAUUGCAGGGAUUUCUUGGGGCAGUCACCAUCAGCCCUCCAAAACAACGACUUCCACCCGUAUCCCGGUAUCAUUCACGACCCAGAGCCUACACAUUUGUAGAGAGUGAGGGUCUGCCUACUGCCAGGAGAGACAUCAACAUCAGUGACAGUUGCACUGGAAGAAAUUCACUGGCAAACAUUACUUCUGGUAGCAGCUGGAGGAAUUGUGCUUCUCGCAAUGACAGCCCUCAACUUACAAAUUAUAGCAGUAAACAGCUUGUGAUUUUGGAAAGCAACUCACGAUGUAACAAGAAAGGGAUUGAUAUCCUUCCUAAAAUUCCGGAAGAAUCUGAAGAGAGUUCUGACUCGGAGUUUACUGAUACCCGUGAAAAUGCAAGUGCAGUGAGUAACGAUUUGAUGCUCACAGACAAUACAUUGCACUAUGGAGCAAGGAGUGUGGACAGUUUUUUAAAUACUGAUGAAAUGAAUAUUAAAUUAAUUGACAAUUGUAUAGAAAAUAAAAGAUGGAGUAUAGGUACAGUAGAAGAAAUGGUGUCAUUUUGUGUGGAAAAUGGGUUGGCAAAAUACAAGUCUAUUUCAGACGAUAACAACAACAAUGACAACAACAACCGUGAUAACGAAAUUGAAGAGAACAAAUCAUUUAACAAAACUUUAGGAAGUUCUGGACUUGAGCUUGAUAGACAAGCUAUAAGAGGCACAUUGAACGCUCUUCCUGUUAAUAGUGCACUUUGGACGACAAACAGUUUGAAUGUUGAUAACACAGAUGUAAGUGAAUUUGGUUCUCUACAGAGCAAUAGUAUUGACAUUCCAAACGUUCUUUGUGCUCAAAAAACUGAUUGUGUGACAAGGAAAGUGAGAAGUUUGGAGAACAUAGUACCUGUAUGUGAUAAGCUUAACUUAAUAAAUCAAAGUGAUGCUUUCAAGGAAGUCAUUCUCCUAUCAAACAUGAGCAGUGACUGCAUCCCCCCUUCUGAUAAACUAAGUAAAAGUGAGAACGAACUUACUACAUAUGUUCAUAAUAUGAAAAAACCUCAUGAGAACAAAUGUGUUUUAAAGAGAUCGAGCACAGGAAGCUUUGAACAAAUGUUGUCAACGAAUGGUACAUCAUUUUCGGUAGACGACCAACGAGGUCAGUCAUCUGACAAGUAUCAGAAAUGUCACAGUACUGAGCAAAGAGACAGUAAUCGGUCAAUAGAUUACAUAGGCAUCUCUGAAAACCUACAAUCUAAUGACUCAUUUGCAUUUCAAGCUCCAAAAGAUCAAAGAAAUACAAACACAAAUAUUACUAAAACUGUCAAACAGCAUAAUGAGGUCAAUCAAAUUGUAUUGUCAUCACUUGAUUCAGUAGAGAGUGAAAACCCCCUUUGGACAGCAAAACUAAUAUCCUCAGAGACUACUGCUGUUGACAGUGCAUCUGAUAGUUAUCAGGGAUCAAACUCUCUGAGAAGGUGGUACAGAUAUCAUUCAUCAUUGUCCCAUGUUUUAAGAAGACUAACAUUAAGCUGUAGUUGUCAUAUCAACCACUGCCACAAUUCACAACGAUACUUGCGGAAACAUUUCAUCUCACUGUACUGGAAUAUUCCAGAGGUCAUCAGAAUUCCUUACUUCUUCCCAUCCCUUUUGCUACGGCUUACUCAGAGGAUCUGUCCGAUGGGGUUUGCAGCUCUAAGCCCUUUGCUAGCAAAAAGAAUGAUUGAUGGGUGUACAAAGGAAGAAGCUGUGUUUUCUGUCUCGAUAUCUGGAUUUGUCUGGUUGUGCUUCUUACUUGUAACUCCCUGGUGUUCCAAGAUUCCUCCAAGCAAGCACAAAUACCUGUUUGCAGCUGGGAACAUACUUUCUGCCUAUGGGCUUCAUCUUUUAUCCAAAGCAAAAUCACAUGACACUCUGACAAUCAGUUGUGGGAUAUUCGGCCUGGGCCUGGGAGCUACAAUGGUUACAAGCAAUAUCGUCAUGCGUGAUGCACUGGAAACCUGGAACCUUGACAAGGUGGAUGUAAUUCUGGACCUUAUGUCAGGAGUGCUCAUAUUAAUCGCUGGGUCUCUUAUGGAUUUAAUCCUCAAGGCUCAGGACGGCCUCACUAGCUGCUUCACACUGCUUGCUCUUGUCUAUUUGGUGACUGGCACUACAUGGCUGUUGAGGCCAUUAAUCACCAGACUGCGCUGUCACCAUCAUGCAUACAGAGUCUGGUCCACCAAUGGAGGACAUCUUCUGACUUCUGGCUAAUCAGCUCAUUCAGCAUACAGAAAUGUCACCAUUGCAGUGCUCUGCAGUCACAAAAAUCUGGAUCAUCCCACGGAGCAGAGUCAUGAGUGAUAAGGGUAUACACAAGAAAUUAUUUGUAAAGAAAUAUGCUUUUGGAAGAUAUGUGGAAGAAAAUAACUUCAGGAUAAAGUUUGGAAUGAAGUAUUAGAGAAGAAGUUGAAGUAGAAAAGGCAAUAAGAAUUGGAUAGAUGAGAAAUGACUGAUAUAUUUUUUUACGUGUUUAUCGCAUCAAAUGGAAGAACAUCAUUUACCAUGCCAAACAUUGCAAUGAAAUCCAGUAAGACACUGGAGGAUGGGAGGGCAAGGACAGAGCUGAAGUAAGGCUGUGACAGAACAAGCGAGGAAAAAGGCCUAUCUAAGAAAGAUGUUGAUUAUUAUGAGAGUUGGUAAUUUACCAUGAGGAAAGAAACUUACAGAAGGAUGAUGAUGAUGAUGAUGAUGAUGAUGAUGAUGAUGGAAGACUAUUUUGUACUUUGGUAAUAAAUGUUCGUGUUGAAUAAAAGGAGUGAAUCAUUGGUCACUUGAGUGACUACCAGUUUCUCAAUGAAAUAUAUGCCACAUUUGUACCUAGUAUAACAAUGUAUAAGUGGAAAAGAAACAGUGGAAACUGAAAGUUGUCCAUUAAUAUUUUAUUUCAUUUCCUUCACUUUUCAAACUGUUCCAUGUAAAAACUUCCUUAGAGCAAAAUAAUUUGUGAAAAUAUGCUUUGUAUAAAUAACACAAUCAUGGCCGAAAUUAUGCUCAAAAUUCUGUGAGGUUUGAGAAGCAUUAGAAACACACAUGUCACCAAUUGAUCAAUACAAAUGCAAAUGCUCACUAACACCAUUCAUAUUAAAUGUGACAUGGAAGAAUUUUUUCAGAUGUAACCCACAGAUUAUUUCUAAGUCUUGUCCACUUCUUAUAUCAACUCUGUGCAUUACAGUAUGAGCUCUCUGUUUAUGCAUGACUAUUCUCCAUGCCAGUCAAGUAUCUAUUGAAUGUCUUAUUAAAUUCAUGCCACGAUAUUUCUGAAAUGUGUUAAAAGUAUAAAAUUAUGUAUUCUAAUAUAGUAGUUAGGGAAAAUAUCGUGACACAGACUGAUAACGUCCAGAUACAUUUCUAAGUGCAAAGUCUCCAGUUGAAGUCAUGCUUAUAUUUUGAUAAGUAUUUUGUAAGCUGAGUUGGAAUAUGACAAUUGUAUAAUGUGCAGACUUAUCCUACAUACAUAUUAAGUAUAAAAGUAAAGAGUGAAACAUUUUUGGACCAGAUAUAUCUUCACUUCAGUUUACUAAAUUUUGUAAAUAUUUCUCUAUCUCAUGUUACGAGGGCACUUGCAACUUCCGCCCUUUGGGGCAUUAUGAUGUAUGUAUAUGUACCACAUGUAACAUUAAGAAAUUCUGCAUUUCACCAUAUAAUACAUUUAGGCCUAUGUGUUUCAUUUGGUUCUAAGAAUACGCAGCAACUAUUCUCCUAAACGCAUUAACCUAUUUGUCUAAUAUUAUUUAGAAAAAUCUGUGCUUCAAAUUGUUAAUCCAUUUCAAGGAAUGCAUUUUUUGUUUUAAUUUCAUGUUAUUAUUUAAUUGUAACUGCAUUGUAUGUCCAAAUAAUAGCCAAUAAAACUUUAGAAUAUGAUAUGUGUGCAUGUGUGUGUUGUUGUUACUGUUGUUAUGUCAUUAAUAUCAUACUGUGUCAAUAUGGGAUAACAAAGAGAAAGAGGGAUAGAUCACCAACCAUGCCUACAUACUUACA